UACAUCUCGUCCGUUUUGUAGUUUUGGUCUCUCUCUUUCUCUCUCUUUUCCUCAAUAACAUAAUAAGAGGGGAAACAAGAUAUGGACUCCUGUGAUCCAUUUCUUCCUUCAUUUUCUGGAAAUAUCCCUUCUUCCCACUUUUUUCUCUUCAAAUUUCACCAAAUUUGCUCACUUCUUCAUCACCUGCAUCAACUUCCUGCUCUUUGAUCUCUGUUUUCUCUCUCUUCUCCCACAAAUUGGAACUUUGAACAAACAGAAUUGAGGGUAAUUAAUAGAAAGGAAUAUAAAAGAAAUGGGUACUUGGUCAUCAAUGUUUAAUGGGUUAGCAAGAUCAUUGUCAAUUAAGAAAGUGAAGAAUUCAGGAAAUGGAGUUGUAGGUAGGGAAACUGCAGAGUCCAUGGCAAAGGAUGCUAAGAGGAACGAUAUGAUAUUAAGGUCAUCAGGCAUUGUUAAUGUCGAGGGUUCAAAGCAUUUCGCCUCAGUAUUCACCAAGAAAGGUCAAAAAGGUGUUAAUCAAGAUUGUUGCAUUGUUUGGGAGGAAUUUGGAUGUCAACCCGAUAUGAUUUUUUGUGGCAUUUUUGAUGGGCAUGGUCCUUGGGGUCAUUUUGUUGCGAAGACAGUGAGGGAAUCGAUGCCACCGUCAUUGUUAUGCAAUUGGCAAGAGGCUCUUGCUCAAAUGGUGCUUGAUCCGGAUUUUGACAUAGAGGUAGAGAAGAAGAUGAAUUGGUUCAAUAUUUGGAAGCAAUCCUAUUUGAGGGCAUGUGCUACUAUUGAUCAAGAACUUGAGCAACACAGAAGAAUUGAUGCAUAUUUUAGUGGAACAACCGCCCUUUCAAUUGUGAAACAGGGUGACAAAAUUAUCAUCGCUAAUGUUGGAGACUCUCGUGCUGUAUUGGGUACUACUACAGAUGACGGUGACUUGGAAGCUGUACAGCUAACUAUUGAUUUCAAGCCCAAUUUGCCUCAGGAAGCUGAGCGAAUAAUGCAAUGUAAUGGACGAGUACUCUGCUUACACGAUGAGCCUGGAGUACAUAGGGUGUGGCUACCUGACGAGGAGGUGCCCGGGCUAGCAAUGUCUAGAGCUUUUGGGGACUAUUGCAUCAAGGAUUUUGGCCUUAUAUCUGUGCCUGAAGUAACACAAAGGAAUAUUACCAGCAAAGACCAGUUCAUUGUGCUGGCUACUGAUGGGGUAUGGGAUGUGGUUUCUAAUCAAGAGGCAGUACAAAUUAUAUCUUCAAGCCCUAAUCGAGGCAAGGCCGCUAAGAAAUUGGUAGAUCAUGCAGUCCGGGAAUGGAAGAGAAAACGACGAGGGACAGCAAUGGAUGAUAUUUCAGCAGUUUGCCUCUUUUUCCACCCUUCACCCCAAUAACUCAAAAGCCUAACCUGCUGUAUUCAUUGAAUGGAAAGAGAUAACUGUGGGCAAAAAAAGGCAAUAGUUUGGAAAAAAUCACACAGCUUUGUAAUGUAUGUGUCAAUUGUGCUGUGGUUGAUCAGUAAAAUGUGUGAUUCUUGUGAAUGUCAAAAUUCUCUUAUGUGCAUCUUAUCUUUCUUUGUGCAUC